CUGAAUGUGUGUGUGUGUGUGUGUGUGUGUGUCACUUCACAGGGGAAGGCAUUCGUGUUUGACCAGGUCUUCCCUACUAUCACCACACAGCAGCAAGUGUACAGUGCCUGUGCCAAACAGAUUGUCAAAGAUGUGCUGGGUGGCUAUAAUGGGACUAUAUUCGCGUAUGGGCAGACUUCCUCGGGAAAAACGCACACCAUGGAGGGAAACCUCCAUGAUCCCGAGGGAAUGGGAAUCAUACCCCGAAUUGCAGAGGAUAUUUUUGAACAUAUAUUUGCCAUGGAUGAAAACCUAGAGUUCCAUAUAAAGGUUUCCUAUUUUGAGAUCUACAUGGAUAAAAUCCGGGACCUAUUGGAUGUGACAAAAACCAACCUGUCAGUGCAUGAAGACAAACACAGAGUUCCUUAUGUGAAGGGCUGCACUGAACGGUUUGUCACCAGUCCUGAGGAAGUGAUGGAUGUGAUAGAUGAAGGGAAGGCCAACCGCCACGUUGCUGUCACAAACAUGAAUGAGCAUAGCUCCCGCAGCCAUAGCAUCUUCCUGAUAAACAUCAAACAAGAAAACAUAGAGACGGAACAGAAACUGAGUGGGAAGCUGUACCUGGUUGACUUAGCUGGUAGUGAGAAGGUCAGUAAGACGGGUGCAGAGGGAGCAGUGCUGGAUGAGGCCAAGAACAUCAACAAGUCUCUGUCGGCCCUGGGGAACGUCAUCUCAGCUUUGGCUGAAGGAACGAAAUCUCAUGUACCAUAUCGUGACAGCAAAAUGACUCGCAUCCUGCAGGACUCUCUGGGAGGGAACUGUCGCACCACCAUGUUUAUUUGUUGCUCUCCUUCAAGCUACAAUGAUACAGAGACCAAAUCUACCUUGAUGUUCGGCCAACGAGCCAAGACCAUUAGAAAUACAGUAUCAGUGAAUCUGGAGCUCACAGCAGAGCAGUGGAAGAAGAAGUAUGAAAAGGAAAAGGAGAAGAACCGGUCAAUGAAGGAGACUAUUCAAAGGCUGGAGGCUGAGCUGAACCUCUGGAAGAACGGUGAGAAUGCUGUUGUGCUGGCGCAGCUUAAGGAAGAACAGGAGGAUCCCCUAUUUGUGCCCACCGAUUCCAAUGAGGCGGCUCUUGAUAUGGACAGCCCCUGCACGCCUUGCACCCCCUGCUCCAUUGCCUCUUCCAUUGUGGUUCACAUUUCUGAGGAGGAACGGUUUAAGUAUGAGGAAGAGAUCCGCAAGCUUUACAAACAGCUGGACGACAAGGAUGAUGAGAUCAACCACCAGAGCCAGAUGGUGGAGAAGCUGAAGGAACAGAUGCUCGACCAGGAGGAGCUUCUGGCAUCUUCCAGGGGAGACAGUGAGAAGGUGCAGUCGGAGCUCGGCAGACUGCAGACUGAGAAUGAAUCCGCUAAGGCAGAGGUGAAGGAGGUCCUUCAGGCCCUGGAGGAACUGGCGGUAAACUACGACCAGAAGAGCCUGGAGGUCGAAGAAAAGAGCAUGCAGAACAAGCUGCUCGCGGAGGAACUCGCAAAAAAGAUGUCCCAUCUCAGAGCUUUGGAAGUGGAGCUGUCCCGUAUCCAGGAAGUGAGCAUUCACCAAAGAAAACGCAUUGCUGAGAUUCUCAAUGGGCUCAUGAGGGAUCUUCGUGAGUUCAGCACCAUUGUUGGAAACAGGGACAUCAAGCUGCCCAUGGAGAUUACCGGUGUGAUUGAGGAAGAAUUCACAGUGGCUCGUCUGUACAUCAGCAAAAUAAAGUCAGAGGUGAAGUCUAUGGUGAAGCGGUGCCGGCACCUCGAGAACCUCCAAAUGGAGUGUCACCGCAAAAUGGAGGAGACGAGCAGAGAGCUGUCGUCGUGCCACCUCUCGGUCUCUCAGCACGAGGCAAAAAUCCGCUCUCUUACUGAGUACAUGCAGAGAGUGGAGCUCAAGAAGAGACAGCUCGAGGACAGCUAUGACUUAUUGACCGAGGAGAUGGCCAAACUCCAGGCUCAAGAGAGCCUAUCGCAGGUGACCGGUGAAGAUAAUCACGCAUCUAUCCAGAAUUCAUGUGAUAUUAAGAGGGCUCUGGAGCAGCAGAUGGAGUCACACCGCGAGGCUCACAGCAAGCAGCUUGGCUGCCUUCGGGAUGAAAUCAAUGAGAAACAGAAGAUCAUCGAUGACUUAACUGACUGCAAUCAGGAGCAGCAGCUGGAGUUGGAGCAACUGUACAGUGACUUUGAACGUCUCAAAAGUCAGGAGCAUCACAAGAGCCGACAGCUGGAGGAACUGACAUAUCUCCAUGAGCGGCACGAACAGUCAAAGCAGGAUCUCAAAGGCCUGGAGGAGACUGUUACUCGUGAGCUCCACACCUUACAUAACCUCCGCAAGCUUUUUGUUCAAGACCUCACGUCUCGAGUUAGAAAAAGUGCAGAGACGGCGCAUGAUGAAGCUGGGGGAUUUAUCACCCAGAAACAAAAGAUUUCCUUUCUUGAGAACAACCUGGAGCAGCUUACAAAAGUUCACAAACAGCUGGUGCGUGACAACGCAGAUCUUCGCUGCGAGCUCCCCAAACUGGAGAAACGCCUUCGCUCUACAGCUGAGCGGGUCAAGGCCCUGGAGGGGGCUCUGAAGGAGGCAAAGGAGGGGGCGAUGAAGGACCGCCAUCACUACCAGCAGGAAGUGGAGCGAAUCAAAGAUGUCAUGAGAGCCCGCAAUCCCUUCCGCCGGCCCCAUGCUGCACAGAUAGCUAAGCCAGUGCGGCCUGGUCACUACCCAAUCUGUCCCUCCAACCCUGCCUUCAUCCGAGCCUACAGUGAACAACCUAUUGCCUUCUGCAACGCUGCUUUUUACAAUAAAAACAGCCAACCGGCAGCUACCCCCGACUCUCCAGUAACACCAGACAGUGAGGCCAGGUUACCUGAGGCCACCUCCAACCAGAACAGUCCAACGGAACACCUCGACUCCCAAAACAACGACAUGCAGGACAGUGAUGCUCCAACCAACAUGCUGCCAGCUGAGCAGGCAACCAAAGCGGGCAGCAAUUCAGAGAUGCUCGACUCGGAAAAUGGAAACACCACAGACAUCAAUGACAACAGACUCAGGAUCACUCUCAAGGAAAAUUUGUCCGAGGCCUCCUCUGUAAAUCUGCAUGCCGCUGAUCACUGUCUUCCCUGACUCCCCUCUCUCUGAUAUCUUCACCUGCUGUAAAAAGUCCUCUCGAGUCUUUUUUUCUUUUCUUGAGUCCUUGCUCGCUCUUCCUUGAUCCAUUCUCCUUUGUGUUCUCCUUUGUGUGGGGCGUAUAUAGUUUGGCAGGCACCGCAUCCCAAAUGUCCAACCUGGCAGCUUACACCAGCUGCUACAUCCACCCCACGUGACUUGAAAUACAAAGAGACCACAAAUGGAAAGGAGCAGGAAAGUGUAGUGUGAUAGUUUACCACUAGCAGGUGCUGAUUGACGCUGGGGACUUAAAAAGAGAGCGGUCAGAAGUAACAGCAUUAUUUGUACCAUCAUUUGUCAUGUAUGGCAUAUCUGAAAAGAGAUAUUUGAAAAUAGAAACUUGAAAUGUGUCCACCUACAUGAAAACCGAGUGAAAACUGUGCUGAUUUACCGAUAUUUACAGUUCUUACUGCAUGUUUGUUAUGAUGUUGAUCUUCAUUUAUUGCCAAGAGGGCACGAUAGUGGAGGAACCAUGA